UAAGGUGAAGAAUGGUGAAAGGUACCUUGGUUGUGACCAUCCAUCACAGCAUCAGCCGCGUUCCCGUCCUUAGGGUAAAGUUUACUAAAGGGUUAAAACAGAGACAUGACCUGACCUGACUUGCGUUGGAAGAACAAAACCAAAAGCACUUUGGUGGGCAUACAGAAGAGGAGAGGCCAAAGGCCAGUAAGUCCUGUUAAAAGGAUGUUGUAAUCAUUCAGGUAGUACUGCCAUAUGAAGUUGAACAUGGCAGAAGAAGAGGACUAUAUGUCAGAUUCCUUCAUUAAUGUCAAAGAGGAUAUCAGACCAGGAUUACCAAUGCUCAGGCAAAUCCGAGAAGCCCGUCGAAAAGAAGAAAAGCAACAGGAAGCUAAUUUGAAAAACAGACAGAAGAGUUUAAAAGAAGAGGAACGAGAAAGACGUGACACUGGGUUGAAAAAUGCCCUAGGCUGUGAAAACAAAGGGUUUGCUUUGCUUCAAAAGAUGGGCUAUAAAAGUGGUCAAGCGCUAGGCAAGAGUGGAGAUGGUAUCAUUGAACCAAUUCCUCUUAACGUCAAAACAGGGAAGAGUGGCAUUGGUCAUGAGGCAUUAUUAAAACGGAAAGCAGAAGAAAAAUUAGAAAGCUACAAAAGAAAGAUUCACAUGAAAAACCAAGCCGAAGAAAAAGCUGCAGAACAGUUUCGGAUGCGACUUAAAAAUAAGCAAGAUGAAAUGAAACUUGAAGGAGAUCUUAAGAGAAGCCAGCGAGCCUGUCAACAGUUGGAUACCCAGAAGAAUAUUCAAGUUCCCAGAGAGGCAUGGUACUGGUUGAAGCCUGAAGAAGAAACUGAAGAAGAGGAGGAAGAAAAAGAAGAGGAUGAAGAUGAGUAUAAAAGUGAAGAUUUAAGUGUACUGGAAAAACUACAGAUAUUGACUAGUUACCUAAGGGAAGAACAUCUGUAUUGUAUUUGGUGUGGAACAGCCUAUGAAGAUAAAGAAGAUCUAUCUUCAAAUUGCCCAGGACCAACUUCUGCAGACCAUGACUAAGAUUAUUUGUAAUAAAGUGAGAAUUGUUUAUUCCAGUAAGGAAAGAAGACUUUAAUAUAAUGCUUUAUUCUUUUUGUACUUUAUAAGUAUUUGUACUUUAGAAUAUCAUUGUUUACUGACCUAAAAAAAUAACACGUUUCCUCUUUAGAACACAAGUAUAAAGAUUUGGACUAUUGUAAUUUAUGACUGUAUUGUGAUGCUUGCGGAGUUAAGGCCCCCAGCAGGUAGCAACACUCUUAUUCCUUGCUUAGCUUCAGAACAAAUUGAAAAAUAAAGACACAGGAUGAGAACAGCCGUACUAGUAAUGAAGCGGAGAUAGAGGAAAAGAUUGGCUUUUUCUCUAAUAGACUCCCUAACAUUUCUUCCUGGUUAGAGAGCACAACAAGCCUCUGCCUUGUAGGGGCAAAGCCCACUGUGUGUUCUGAGACCACUUAGCCCUUAAAGAGUAGGGAACCUCCCAGGGGCUGAGCCACAUCUGCUUGAUUCUCCUGCCCACCCCAUCUUUACCUCCCCACGUCUGCUUGAUUCUCCAUCCCAGUAUCAACUGUCAAAUAAAGACACUUCUCUUGCAGCUGUGGUGCUGCAUGCCUGUAAUCCCAUCACUCUGGAAGCUAAGGCAGAGAGAUUUCAAAUAUACACAAGCAGGUAUCGAUAGCUGACCUAUUAUUUGCACAGGUUAAGCUAAUUGGUCACUGUAUUUGGGGCAUCAGGAUUCUUGAUUCUGAAACUCAGGAAAACUUUAGACCCACUAGUCAACAACUGAGUUAAUUUCUAGACCCCAGUUCGUCAUCCAAACUUUUAUGAAUAUGAACUAUGUAUUUAAAUAUAUGGUUGAAUGCCAUUUAAUAUCUGCUUAUUUGUUUAAA